AGCGGAGGAGGGCGGAGACAGUCCACCCGUCACAGUGGAGGCUGAUUUGUUCAUUCCUAGGCGAGGAGUCAGCAUCGCCAACUUCUGUCUCCGAAAAAAGCAUCUGUUGAGAGCUCUGUUGCUGCACUGGAACCAGGCGCGCUUCUGCUCUGGAGGAGACAUUUAUUUGCGUUUUGGAGCAUCUGGAUACAUCUAGUUUUGUUUUUCUUUUAAAGGAAUUGGACGACCAAAUAUAGAGGGAGCUGUCAGGGAGAAAGUUGUCUGCAGAAAAGCACAAGGACGACAAAAGGGAGGACGCACAACAAACCAAAAAGGAGCGGAGAGAGGAAGAGAGGUGAUCCGGCCGAAGCGACAUGUUUGGCAUGAUCAAGAAUUCGCUCUUCGGAAACACCGAGGAGACGGAAUAUAAACUGCUCAGCAGCGAGACCAAGGAUGGAGUUAGCUUUGAGGUGCGGCGGUACGAUGGUUCCAAAUACGCUGUUGUCUCGUCUGAGGGACGAUCCUUUGACCAAGUGACAGGGGAGCUGGUGAGGAAGCUGCUCAUGUACAUCGGAGGGAGCAAUGAACAAGAGGAGGCCAUGGGUACAGCAGCUCCCAUCAUCGUCACAGUGUACCCGCGGAAUGACGGCGUUCUGUCUCGCCGUUUGGUGGUCGCCAUCCGCGUACCCACCAGCUACCAGCAAGAACCCCCAACUCCCACCGACAGUGCCAUCAAGAUUGAGGAGCGGCCCGGCAUGACUGUCUACGCUCUGCAGUUUGGAGGCUUCGCAGCUGAGACCGAGUACCGAGCAGAGGCCUUGCGUUUGACACGCACCCUGGGUGAGACGGCUCCCUUUCAGCGCAAGCAGUACUUCUGCUGUAGCUAUGACCCGCCGCUCAAGCCUUACGGACGCCGCAACGAGGUGUGGUUUCUACAGGAAGAGCCGUAGGAGCCAUCGGAUCAGAUCGGCGUCAAAACUCAUGCUGAAUCCUUUAUUCAACCUUAAUUACCCUUUCACUGCCGACAACCCCUGUAGCUCUAACAGUAUUUGAUUGGUACGAGCAACAUGGUGACUUGAUAGACCUUUCAGCCCAAAUGGACAGAUAGAGAUUACCCAUGUUGCCUUUACCCAUCUGAUCUUCUGCUUGUCACACGUACAGUAGCUACACUGAAGUUAGGUGUUCAAGCACUGGGACCAUUUAGAAUUUGACAUCAGUGCACAAGCAUUUUCUCACAUCUUUCCCACAGUUUCUUGAUUUUUGUUUCUAGUUUAAACUCACCCCUUGUUGCUCCGAAAUAACGCGUAAUCAGAGUGGUUAAAGGGACCGUGUGUAGGAUUUGGCGGCAUCUAGUGGUGUGGUUGCAGAUUGCAACCAACUGAAUACUCCUCCACUCACUCCUCCCUCUCCAAGACUGCAGCAACGUGAGCCACUGAGUGCAAAACAGUGGUAACGCCAUUCGUUUUUUUUCGGUCAACCACGGUUUUGCACUCUGUGGUUCACGUUACCACAGAUUCGUAAACGUGUCAGAGAACUACGGUAGCCUUCAGGUAACGUAAAAUCGCGUCAGGAGUGCCAGUGUUCGGUUUGUCCGUUCUUGGCUAUUGUAGAAACACGACGGACUCCAUGAAGCUCCCUAUGUAGAUAUGAAGGGCUCAUUCUAAGCUAACGAAUACACGAUUCUUAGUUUCAGGUGAUUAUACACUAAUGAAAACAUAGUUAUGAAUAUUAUAUUCCAUUUCUGCUAAUAGAUCCCCUGAAAUGUUACACACUGUUCCUUUAAAGACUUCUAGACAAAUGUAGUGUUAAGGAGUCCCGCGUAAUACGUCUCAUACAGAAUUUGAAUCAUAAAUAUUUACAUCAGUUCUGUUCUCUACGCUGAGGGAAAACUACCUUUAGAUAAACUGGGACUCUGGUUUACAGGUGAGAAACAGAAAUGAUCAAAGUAACUCAGUGAAUAAUCUAAUAUAAUCUGUAUUUAAAUACAACUGAAUUGAUUUUGUUCAUUCCUUUUAGAAUUACAUGGUUGUCCUAAAGGGUCGAUAAAGUCCCUGUGGAGCUCUCAUCUCCCUAAAGAAUACACAGUAGGGCUUUGCACAUCUUUUUAAUCUAGUUUACAGUUUAGUGACGGCUACAGAGAAAUGUAUAGAAUUAACAUUAGAUACAUGGUAGUGAAAAGCACACUUCCUUUUCCUGAGUAAGGAACUGGACAGAAACAGGAGUUGAGCCAUAAAGUAGAACUAGUCUUUAUGAAUUAAUGGGUGGACAGCUGAGCUAGCUAGCUAUAGGUGUUGUUAUAAACUCUGUGAUUAUAUUAUGUCGAUCCAGGAAGCAUUUGUGUGUCGUGAAUAUUUUGUGUUUUAGUGCAUGACAAUGCCAUCUUUAUUUAUUCAGACUCUUGAAACGGUGUUAUGCGAUGCAUCUGUGCUGUGUGAUUUUCCGUGACGAGUGAAUAUAAUGUUCAGGUUUGAUAGUGUUUCAUAACAUAAUAAAUAUGUUAUUCAGGAAGAGGAA